UGUAUUUUUGGGCUAUUGCAGUAUUGAAUGAAUAAUGGCAGACGGGAGUCAAAGUGAUGUCACAGCAAAAGCAAAAAGACAACAACCUGAUUGGUCACCUCCAACUCAAGAUGACCAACCCCGAUUAAAAUUAUAUAACAGCUUGACAAGACGAAAAGAGGUUUUCGUUCCACAGUUUGGAAAUCGAGUUCUGUGGUACUGCUGUGGUCCUACUGUAUACGAUGCAUCUCAUAUGGGCCAUGCUCGUUCAUACAUUUCGUUCGAUAUUUUACGUAGAAUAUUGUCCGAUUACUUCGGAUACGAUGUUUUGUAUUGCAUGAACGUCACGGAUAUCGAUGAUAAAAUUAUUAAACGCGCCAGACAAAAUCAUUUGUUAAAAGAAUACCAACAGAGGGCCACAGAAUUGAAAAAAGUAAUUGAAGACGCUAAAAAUGCUCUGAAAAUUUACAAAUCGAAACUUGAUGACACAACCGAUCCUGACAAGAAAACAAUGCUCAUAAAAAUAAUAGAAACUGCUGAAAAAAGCUUAUUACCUGCUGAAGAAAAAUCAAAAAUAGAGAGCGGCGAUACCUCGUCUACAAAACAAGAAAUUGAAUCGUUAAUUCAAGACUGUAAAGAUCCUCUUGCUGAAUGGCUCGACGCGCAAUUUGGAGGUUUUAUAACUGACAAUUCAAUCUUCUCUGAACUACCAAGGUACUGGGAAAAAGAAUACUUUAAAGACAUGGAGGCCCUCAACGUAGCUCCUGCAGACGUUUUAACCCGCGUUAGCGAAUAUAUUCCGGAAAAUAUUGAAUUUGUUGCGAAAAUUAUUGAAAACGGUUUCGCCUACGAAGCUAAUGGUUCAGUGUAUUUCUCUGUGUCAGAUUUUGACAACUCUAAAGAACAUUUCUACGCGAAAUUAGUUCCAGAAGCUUUUGGCGAUCAAAAAGCUUUACAAGAAGGCGAAGGAGACUUAAGUUUGUCUUUAGGAGGGAAACGAUCACAAAAUGACUUUGCGUUAUGGAAAGCUUCAAAACCCGGGGAACCUGCAUGGGACUCUCCGUGGGGAAAAGGGCGCCCAGGUUGGCAUGUCGAAUGCUCAGUAAUGGCGUCGUGUAUUCUUGGCGGGUCUAUGGACAUUCACACAGGAGGAGUUGAUUUACGAUUCCCGCAUCAUGACAACGAGUUAGCGCAGUCAGAAGCGUACCAUAAUAACUCACACUGGGUGAGAUAUUUCCUGCACUCAGGGCACUUGACUAUACAAGGAUGUAAAAUGUCAAAAUCUUUAAAGAAUUUUAUUACUAUAAAAGAUGCGCUGAAGAAAAACACGGCUCGACAACUUCGAUUUGCGUUUUUAUUGCACUCUUGGAAGGAUACGCUCGAUUAUUCUAGCAAUACUAUGUCAGACGCCAUGCAGUAUGAAAAAUAUCUUAGCGAGUUCUUCUUGAAUAUUAAAAAUAUUUUGCGAGGGACUUCGUUUACUGAACCGGAAAAUUUUAAAAAGUGGGGGGAAGAGGAGGUCGCAUUGAAUAAAAAUUUUAAUCAACAUCAACAGAAUGUCCAUGCCGCGUUAUGCGACAAUGUCGACACUCGUACAGCAAUGCAUUGUAUAAAACAACUUGCGACAACGACAAACACGUACAUUGCAAAAAAGAGAGAACUAAAAAUGGUUCCGGAUGGUUGGUUACUGAAAACUAUUGCGAAAUACGUCACAAAAUUGAUGAGAAUUUUCGGUGCAAUCGAAGGGGGUAACGUGGAUUCAGUCGGAUUUCCGUUGGAAACUAGCGGUUCCGCUUCAAGCGAUUUAGAAGAAACUGUUAUGCCGUAUUUAACAGCAUUUGCAGAUUUUCGCGAAAAUGUUCGAAAGAUUGCUAGGGAGCAUAAAGUCACUGAAGCGUUAAAAUUAUGCGAUCAAGUGCGAGAUGAUGUUCUUCCAGAACUCGGAGUGAGACUCGAAGAUUUAGAUAAUUCGGAAACAGUUGUGAAACUUGUUGACAGGGAACAACUCAUGCGUGAAAAAGAAGAAAAACUGAAGAUCGAAGAAAUGAAACGUAAGAAAAAGGAGGAGGCUGCAAAGAAAAAGGCUGAACAAGAAGCCGCGAAACUAGCAAAGAGCAAAAUUUCUCCGACAGAAAUGUUUUUGGGUGAAACAGAUAAAUAUUCUAAAUUUGAUGAAGAUGGUUUCCCAUUAGUAACGACCGAUGGAAAUGAACUCAGUAAAGGUCAGAUUAAAAAGUUGAAAAAAGUAUACGACACUCAAAAGAAAUUGCAUGACUCGUAUCUUGCGACUCUGCAAAAUGGAGCAAAAUAAUUCUAGAGUGAAUCCAAGUUGAAUAGUAGGUAUGGAUAUUUUGAAAAGAGCACGCCCCCCCCCCCCUUAUCAGACUGAAAUAUUUUGAGAAAAAAGAGGCCCUCUCCUCCCACUAAACUGUCCCAAAUAAAUUUGAAGUAUUGUACAGCAUACUGGAUUUUCGGCAGGGUUUAGGCCAUUCAUAUCUUUGCUCUGAGAUAAGUCUUUGCUUCUGAUUGAGUGCACUUAGAGAAGAUUUUGUAAAAUAUCUGAUUCAUUUCUACACCAAAUGUCUAUGCUCAGGUGCUAGUUAUAUAUUAAUAUGGUUACUGGUGAAUAGCAGUUUAUUUUAUGCUUACUACUAGAAAAAAAUUUUCUAAAAAUCCUAGUUUAUAUAUUUGUUAAAAUAGCUUGACUUAUUAGUUUCAAAAUUUUAAAAAUGGCAACUAAACUGUCUAAACCAAAUUGUACCCCAAAUUUAAGUUAUUGUUGAUAACAGAUUUUGUUUUAAAUAGUUAUUCCUGAAUUGCUAGGUCAAAUUUUUCCCCUUCAUAUUGCCAUCCUCCAUUUACUGAUAUUUAUUGUUAUGCAUUUGAGCUGUAUUAAUUAGAAACUUGGUGAAUUUAUUUGAACUUGCUGAAACUUGAUGGGGUGAGACUGCUUGGGUGCCGCACCCCCCUUAUUUUCAAUUCUAAUCCAGCCAAAAAUAUAGCAGAUCCUUGCAUAUCAGUGAAAGUCGCUAUGAAAAAUUGGCAUAAUAUAUUUAUCAUUCCUUUUUCCUGUUUCUUGUUAAUUUUUAGAAAAAUUUAAACAUCAUCCUGACAUAUGUGUAGUUUACAUUUUGCAAUUUUUUGUCAUCGUAUAUCUUCCUAUAACACAUGGGUUCCCAACCUUCUAUGGCUCGUGGCCCCCAUCCAUAGGCUUUUAGCACGCAUGAACCCCCCCCCCCCCCUCUCCAUCAUUACAGUAGUAUUUAUAGUGCUAUUUUAUCGAUUGGUAAAUUCCGAAUCCCAUUAUGUUCAAACAAUUCAUGCUCAACAAAGUGAAAUAACCUUAAAGCAAUGUAACUGAACAGGAAAUUUUCUUGUAAGGGGAAAUCAGUUUUUUUCCCAGCCUGGAGGGGGGGGGGGGGGGCUCCAACUGUUCUGUUGCCCCAGGUUGGAAACCACUGCUAUAACACAAGGCCAUAGUAAAAUCAAUUUAGCUCAUGUCACAUUUCAAGGUUUUGAUAGAAUCACAUUUUUGGAAUAGUUUGGUUCUCACAGCCAAAUCUAAUAAUGGACAUAAGGCACCGCCUAUCAAAACUAAAAUAGAUACAGCUUCAAAACCCAAACCAAAAGACAACCCUUGGUCUAUACUAGCAGGAAAUCAAAAAGAUCAUUUCUGACAAAUGUGUAUUAAGUUACGUUGGGUUUACUGUAGCAAUAUGUUGUAUAUUUGUAAUCUUUUAAUGACAGUGGAAUAUUGUCUAUCAUGUUCUUGUGUCCUAUUUAUCAUUUUUCAUUUAUUUUACGUAAAUAGCGUUCUAGAAUGGUGUGAGGGGGACGGCUGUAGGAAUAUUUAAAAAAAAUUUGAAUUAACAGAUAUUGAAAUGUUAGAAAUAGUAAUUUAUUCAGUUUUAUCAAUUUCAAAUUUUUCGUAGUUACAUAUUUUAUAGUUUAUAUAUACAAUAUUUAUGUACUGACUAGAACAGGGGACGGCAGCCUUUUGUCGCUCGCAAAAUUAAGGGUUGCAAGUCUUGGUGUGCCGCACAUAUUUUUUAGAAAGUUAAAAAUUGAACAGAUGGCUAUUGAAUCAUAAUUUUUCCACACCGAUUAAAAAAUUACAAAUGACAUUUAAUGUGAUACUGUCUUGAUUUGCAUCACGUUUGAUAGCUUUUCGACAUCGUCGCCCACCUCUGGGCUAGAAUAUCAAUUCAUUGCCUGGGCAUUUCAAACCGAAUCAAACAGUACAUUUUACUAAUCGGCGGAAAUUUCAUUUUACUGGAUCUCAAGACCAUUAUUGCUUGAAUAUAAUAAUUAUGCUGCCAUAUGCAUCUUGAUUGUUUCAUUAUUUUGCUAAUUCAUGAUAGAUUUCCCGCAUUUAUUAAUAUUAAUAAGUUUGAAUGUUCUAUGUAAUUCAAGAUUCUUGUUGCAUACUAGCACAAUUGUAUUUAUGUAAUAUCAUGUCUGGUGUCAGGCCUAUGUCGAUCGGAAUAAUCUGAGGAGACCAGACAAAACAUUGCAGAAAUAUAUUUGUGUUUUACUGGAAAGCAAUACUAAAUUUCUAAUCUUAUACUAAUUACGCUGCCAAAUGCAUCCAUAAAAAUUUGAACAUUCUGAUUCAGAAUCAAGUUGAACUUGCGAACAUACAUAUUUUAUCUAUGGCCAUACUUGGCUGAACAUUGUUUUCCAUAAUUGAUUUGACAUAAUAGUUUAGCCUCAGGCCAUGACUGGCUGCAAAUUUUCUUUUUACAUUUUAGUUUCAUUAUUAUUGAUCUGAGCAUUGUACAGUUAUAAUUAGCAUAUAUAUGAGAAGCAGUGACACCCAUAUCUGGUUAGUUAAGUAUUCUAGGUUUUGAUGUAAUAAGGUAUUCAGUCGAGGGACCUAACCGAAAACGCUAAAUUUGUGGAAAUGAGGAAAAUGUAUAUUUUUGAUUCAAACUAUGAUUAGAUAGCUUCUUAGAGAGCUCUUAUUUUUUUUGCAAUAUUUCCAAAUAAAUUUUGCAUUUUUGGUUGUUUAAAUUUACAUUUGCCGACUUGUAUUAAAACCCUCUCGUUGGGUUUUAGUGUUGACUCAAUGCCAUAAUAGUAUUUUUAUUCCACAUUCUAUAUUUACAGUAUGAUAAACUGUCUCCUCGUUAAAUAUGGCCCAAUUUAGAAAACUGUAUGUUCAAUAUUUAAGAGUAUUUCGUGAAAUUUAACAAAAUGCAAAAACUGUCCAAAAUACAUUGUUAUUUAAAAUAUUCAAAUUUGAAUUAGAUUGAAUUCAUGUUUUCAAAAUCGAGAAUACCACACUAUCCAGAUAUGGACCUGAAGUGUAAACUUACUAUACCUUAUUGUGGUGUUACAUUAACUAUUAUAUGCUUUGCUUAGUAAUUGCUAACAAUAUGGAAUGCUCUAUUUUCAUUGUAG